AUUCGUAGAAUAUUUGUUGGCGGUUUAAGUUCUGACACUGAUGAAGAUGACAUGAAAGAAUUCUUUGAAGUAUUCGGACCAGUUGAAGAGGUUCAGUUGAUGUACGAUAAACAUACUAACAGACACAGAGGUUUUGGGUUUGUUACAUUUGAGAAGGUUGGACCAGCUGCUAAAGUUUGCAGUAUCCAGUUUCAUGACUUGAAGAAGAAGAGAGUUGAGGUGAAGGUGGCUCAGACUAAAGAGGCUUUGGCUCAUCAAGCUGAUAAAGCUAGAGCAGCUGUUUCUUAUAACCAGCACAACUAUGCUGCAGGUAGUCCAGCUGCCUUCAAUUACUCACCUACUUACCCAUCCUUCUUCCCUCACUAUCCAAUGGCCUAUUAUGGAGGUUACGGGUACCCCAGCGAUCAUCAUUUGCCUUCUCCUCCAUUUUAUCCCUCUGGUUAUAACGGAGGCCCAAUGCCUUUCUUUGUAAGAGGAGCAGGUGGAAUCCCUGAACACUCACCGCCACUGCCUCUGUCAUCACCAGAUUACCUUUCUGAUCACUUUCAAGGUUUGGCCAUCAUCAGUAAUCCGUUCAUGUCCCCAACUGGUUCCCCUCCCCACGGGUUCCCUGUGCCUCCUUCAAGUUACUUAAAUGGCGGAAAUGUGGUUGAAGGAAGCUACUCUCCACCUACUGGCCUCUCGCCUAAGGACGCUGCCAACGGGUCACCAGUGAAUGGAUAUACACAGGUACGCUGGUACAUGUAAUACACUGGUAUACUG